UCAAAGGAAAAGUAUUCGAAAAGGAAAUUUGUCGAUUUUGAGGAAAUAUGAACAUCGAUUGCUAUAUUAUAAGGUGAAUAUCACAGAGAUAUUUGUUAUGUAUUUGGCCACUAGGUGUAAAACCGGAGAAAGAAAGCUCUUCGAGGCCACAGUUUGCGAAAGUUUCCAGUCAGUUAUUCAGACCUGA